AUGGGGCGAAAGUACAACGGUCAGGUACCGUCAUCAACCGAAAAGAAUCUUGAGGAAACAACUGAAGGCCAGAGUCAAGAUCAAGAGCCGCAAGUUAUGGCAAUGCUGGAGCGCGAGAAGAGCAAGAGAAAAAGGAAAUUGAAAGAAAGCUUACUAGAACAGCAUAAGGAGAAGCUCUCAAGGCAGAAAAAGAAACGGCUUGAUAAGUAUAUCGAACACCAGAUGAAAAGAGAGGAAAAGGAAAUUCUCCUCCAGAAGCUUAGUGAAACUAGGAUCGAUUCAAGCGUUCUGAAAUCUGCCAAACUUAUCGGAACAGGGACACAUCAGACCAAACGAGAACGCUUUUUGGAAGCGCUAGAGCAAGAAAUACAAGGAAAAGGAGAUAAAGAAACACAGGACACUCUUUAUGAGCAGAGAACAAUAAAAAAUUGGGACGAUGAAGAGGAACAGGUAGCACAUAAAGACUGCCAAGCCGAGGUCAAAACAAAUAUCUCGGUUCCAAUGAAUUUAACAUCUGGAUUUGGAUUCACAAGUCAUAAAAAGGAACCUAAGAACAAAAAAACUAAGAAAUAUAGCUGGAGGGUCAAGCUUGAGCUUGAACGGUCGAAGAAAAAGGCUGUCGAGGAUAGACUGGAUUUUGCCAGUGACGAGGAUGAAGGAGAAGAAGAAGAAGAACAAGAAGAAGAAGUGGCCAGUAAUGAUGUCGACGAAGCCGGAGAGAAGAAAUUAAAGAAAAGAGAAGAAGAAGAAGUAGAAGAAGAAGGAGAAGAGAGCGAGGAUGCAUUUGAUGAUGGGGAAGAUGAAGGAGAAGAUGAGACCAAUAGGAGACAUAGCAAGCGUGCACAAAGUUUUAAAGAAUGGGCUGAAACCCAGGUCAAAAAUCUUGAAGUCGUACCCGAUUUCGUUACCCCCUCAGAACCACAAAAGUCUUACACGCCUAUAAUCCGGCAAGAAGAUUUGGAUGAUGGUUUGGGUGAAGAUUUCAUUCCGAUUAAUGAGGGCUUGCAAAGAAAGAUAGUCACUAUAGAUGUUCAGAGAGAUGACAGUAUACAGAAAGCCAGAAUGCAGCUACCCGUUUUUGAGGAAGAGCACAGAAUCAUGGAGGCAAUUCAUCACAAUGAUUGCGUUAUUAUAUGUGGUGAGACAGGCUCUGGCAAGACAACUCAGGUUCCUCAGUUUCUCUUUGAGUCUGGUUAUGGAAGCCCAGAUUCUGAUACUCCGGGUAUGAUUGGAAUCACCCAACCGAGAAGAGUUGCCGCAGUUGCUAUGGCAGAAAGAGUUGGACAGGAACUUGGCAAUUAUAAAAACCGAGUUGGACAUCAAAUAAGGUUUGACGCCUCUGUUGGGGAAGAAACAUCCGUCAAGUUCAUGACUGACGGUGUUCUCUUAAGGGAAAUGAUGUCAGAUUUUCUUUUGACAAAAUACUCGGCGCUGAUCAUCGAUGAGGCCCAUGAGAGAAACAUCAACACUGACAUUCUGAUAGGAAUGCUAAGCAGGGUUCUGAAGCUUCGGAGAGAUUGGAGCUGCAAAGAUCCAGCAAAAUACAAGCCAUUAAAGUUGAUUAUUAUGUCUGCCACCUUAAGAGUAUCAGAGUUCAGCGAAAACAAGAACUUAUUCGGUUCGCCACCGCCAAUAAUAAACGUGCAAACUAGACAAUAUCCUGUGUCCAUUCAUUUUAAUAGAAGAACAGCAUUCAACUACAACGAAGAGGCUUUCAGAAAAACAUGUAAAAUCCACUCGAAGCUUCCACGUGGAGGGAUAUUGAUUUUUUUGACAGGAAAAGGAGAAAUUAAUGAAAUGGUCAGACGACUAAGAAAGCGAUAUCCUCUUAAAAAAGGGAAGAGUUAUGACGAUGUUGCAGAAGUCAAAGUUGACUCCAGAUAUGUUGAUAUAGAAGCUGAGGAGGUGGACUUUUCUGUCAAUGAAAUGGUCCAUGACCUCAGUGAAGAGUACUCGAAUGAAGAGGAUGACGAGGAAGAAGAAGGGUUUGACGAAACCCUGGAGGAAGGGCAAACAGCAGAAGACCCAUUGUAUGUACUACCCCUCUAUUCGUUACUUCCUACAAAAGAGCAGAUGAAAAUUUUUGAGCGUCCCCCAAAUGGUGCUCGGCUCUGCGUGGUCGCUACCAAUAUCGCGGAAACCUCGUUGACAAUUCCGAACAUCAGAUAUGUGGUUGAUUGCGGAAGGUCGAAGGAGAGAAGUUUCAAUGAAGACACAGGAGUUCAAUCAUAUGAAAUUAAAUGGAUAUCAAAAGCCAGUGCAGACCAACGUGCUGGAAGAGCUGGAAGAACAGGACCUGGUCAUUGUUACAGACUUUUUUCAUCGGCAGUUUAUGAAAGCGAAUUUACACAAUUCUCCAAACCUGAGAUUCUUAGAAUGCCCGCGGAGAGCGUUGUAUUGACAAUGAAAAGCAUGGGGAUAGAUAAUAUCAUCAAUUUCCCUUUUGUCACGCCGCCUACUAGAGAUCUUCUUAGAAAAGCCGAAAAACUGCUUCAGCAUUUGGGUGCACUGGAUGAUCGCAUGAUAAUAACAAAGCUUGGACAAAAAAUGAGCCGCUUUCCACUGAGCCCCCGGUUUGCUAAAAUGCUCCUCGUGGCAAAUCAACAAGGCUGUUUGCCAUAUAUCAUUGCUUUGGUUUCUGGAUUGUCAGUGGGCGACCCGUUCGUCAGCGAGUGGGAAAUUAUUUCAGGGGGUGAAGAUGAAGAGAACGAGUGGAAAAACCAACAGUUGUCCAAGUUCAACAACUCCCGCCAACUGUUCACCAAAUUGGAUAAAUUUAGUGAUGGACUGCAACUGCUGUCAGCCAUUUGUGCACAAGAUCACAUCCCCAGAGCUGAUCGUGAGAAGUUCUUUGAAAGUAACUUUCUGAGACCCAAGAUCAUGGAUGAAAUAGUCAAACUGAGAAAGCAAUUGACUUACAUUGUCAAAGUGAAUCUCAGCAAAGAGUCUAUAGCUGUUUCUCCGCUGGUCAAAGAAGAGGAACUUAAGCUCAGCCUACCCACAAAGGUCCAAGUGGAAGCAAUAAAACAGAUGAUAACAGCAGGUUUUAUUGACCACGUUGCCGUGCGCGCAGACAUCGUGGAUAAAAAUGUCAAGAUUCCUAACAAUGCACCGAUUACAGCAAUUCGAUACCUUACAUUGAUGCCCACAAGUGAUACUGACUCAGACGGUUUUGUUUAUAUUCAUCCAAAUUCCGUCCUAUCCAAGUGCGGUGAAAUGCCGCCAUCUUACUUAGUUUAUCAAUCGCUUACCGCCAACAGUGCAUCUACAACUAAAAAAUUAAGAAUGAAGCCGCUUACCGAUAUUGGGGGUCGCGCGCUGGCAAACGUGGCCGCCAAAUCUGGUUUGAUAACAUACUCUAAGCCAUUAGGUCACCCUUAUGCUCCAAAGGAGAUCAGUCAAACAGAGAGAGAGUGCUAUGUUGUACCUAGAAUGGGAGCAAAUAUAGGCACCGGUGGAGUUGGUUGGGACCUACCGGCAAUGAAGGUUCGCCAAAGCAAAAUAAGAGGAAACUGGGUUAUUAAAUAA